AUUCAGUUCCAUUCCACACAGGACAAGAGGUUUGAGCUACUACUUCUCUGUCUCCAGCUGCUGUAGUUGCAAUCUCAUGAAGGACAGAUGCCAAAAGGUGUCCGGACCCACCUGCAUCAAGCUGGGUCAAUGGGUAUUGCUCACACACUUUAGGAUGCGGCAGAUGGGUAUGGAAAUAUAUGAAGGGGCCAUACACCUCUCAAAUUCUUAUUACACCCAAAGAAAUAGUUACAUGGACUCCUGGAAUAGCACCGGAACAAAAUUGCACACCACAAAUCUGUUGUAAAUUAGGUUCCACCCAUCCCGCAUACAUAAAACAUAUCAACACACACACCAGCACGACCAUCCCAGCACAAUAUCACUGCCUGGUAUCAAUUAAAAUUAUGGCCAGGAGUUAAAGAAGGUGGGAUGAGCACUUUAUUUGAGAAAAAUAAUGACGGCAUAGACCCCAAAAUCUGCUAUUUUGUUAACAAUUUGGAACCUGCCACAUAUAGGUGAACCCACACAGAAACACUAAACACCACACACAUGAGUUACACAGAAUAUAAAUUUGUGGCAGCGGGGGCCUGGUCAAGCAUCUCUCCGGAGAGAGAGAAAGCAGUAAGGGUGCUUACACCUGAGCUAGAUUAUGUCUAACACCUGUCUCUUAUUUCAGUGAGCAUGGGGAGAGCGGCAUAAAAGAGCCACACCGCCAGCAGACGGGGAGAGAGACUGGCGCAAGGAAGGCCACGGUGUUAUGUUAUUAUGUUGAUGAUGUAAUGAAGUGGGACUCUUUAAGUAAAUAUUUGCUUGUGAAACUGCCGAGUGUGUGUGGAACUGUAAGCGACAGGGUGCACAAUUAAACGCCUACCUGAACCAGGAAAUCUUGCUUCUCGCCUCCUCCUUUCCACUGAGAAGUGUUACACUGGUGCUGAAACCCAGGAAAAGUUUGAAGAUGGACAGAAGUCGCCCCGUAGAGUCCUCCCAGUUGGCUGAGAUCCUCCAAGCCCUCGCUGGCCUACAUCGGAACCACCAGCAAACCCUGCUUGAGCUCCGGCAAGAUCAAGAUCGCCGGUUUGUGGAGCUCCUACGCGCUCAAGCAGAGGACCGGCAGGCGAUCCGGAGCCUCCUCAGCCAGGAGCCAACCCCAUCUGCGACCCCAGACACCCACAAGCCGUUGCCCCCGCCUGCGUUACAGAAGAUGGGGACGGCGGAUGACCCCGAGGCAUUCCUGGACUUGUUUGAACGCACCGCCGAGAUCUGGGGCUGGCCGCUCGGCCAGUGGGUGGCCCGACUUAUUCCGCUGUUGUCUGGGGAAGCCCAGCUCGUGGCUCAACAACUGCCGGCGAUCAGCCUCCUGGCUUACGGUGACUUGAAGAAAGCCAUCCUACAAUGGUUUGGUCGGAGUCCAGAAGAGAAUCUUCAACUCUUCCGGAACCUGAAGCUGGAGAGCUCCGACCGCCCGUUUGCCUUCACCCAACGGCUCCGCGAUGCCUGCCGAAGAUGGUUGCUAGCGGAGGACCAUGGUGUCGACGGGAUCAUCGACCAGGUGGUACUGGAGCAACCAAUACAUCGACUGCCAAAAGGGACAGCGGAGUGGGUCCAGUGCCACCGCCCGUCUAGCUUGCGGAGGACCACAUGGCUGCGAUCCCGAGGGCGGAAGAGCCCUCCUACUCUCUCUCCCCUCCCCCUGUGUUUUCCAAUGUCUCAUCCCCCUCUCUCCUCUCAUUCUGCUCUCUCCCCAGGGCCUGUUCCUGCCCCAUGCAGAUGAGGAGGACUUCAGCCACCGAGACCAGCUCCUCGGGCGUGGGAGGUGACACCUUCCCCUACCCCGAUGCCCCGCCGCUCUCCCUCUUGGGUGGGGGCGCCCGCCAACGCAAGUGCGGGCAUAGCGCCUGGGCCAGCCUGCUGGAGGUGCGGGGACCCAGACCACUUCCGGGAUCAGUGCCCUCUGAUGGAGCUGGGGACGGGUCUCUGACCUCCCGCAGGCUGCCCCCGACCGGGCCAGAGCGUACCGGAUACUGGUGGAGCCGGCACGCGAUCAGCGUUUCCAUGGGAAUGGUGAUCGAUCUUGAGGAGAUGCUGAUCACAGCAAUGAUUUACUCACGACUCACGGCCGCGCCCCGCCCCGGUGCCUUUCUUCCCGGAAGUGCACGAGGAGCUAACGAAGUCGUGGAAGGCACCUUUUACUGCCCGCUUCGCGGGCUUGUCCACUCUGACUACCCUUGACAGUGGAGUGGCUAAGGGAUAUGUUGAGCUUCCCCAGGUAGAGUGCGCCGUAGCGGUGCAUUUAUGCCCGCAGGGCGCAGCCACUUGGUGCGACUGACCAAGGCCUGUAAGUUCUCUUCGUUUAAGUUCAAGGUGGUCCACAGACCGGGAGCGCAGAUGGCUGUCGCCAACUUCCUCUCCAGAAAUGGGGGGGGGGGGGGAGUGGUAGACAAGCUGGAUGUCUCACCGGCCUGAGUUGGGCGGUGGGGUAUGUGGCAGCAGGGGCGUGGUCAAGCAUCCGUCCAGAGAGAGAGAAAGCGGUAAGUGCGCUUGCACCUGAGCUAGAUUAUGUUUAACACCUGUCUCUAAUUCCAGUGAGCAUGGGGAGAGCGGCAUAUAAGCAGCCACGCCACCAGCAGAGAGGAGAGAGUGUCUGGCACAAGGAAGGCCACAGUGCUCCUGAAGCUGUUGCGUUUAAUCUAUUGUGUUUGUGAAACUGAUGUGUUUGAGUGACUGUGUCUGUGAAGCUGAUGUGUUUGAGUGACUACGUGUCUGUGAAGCAGUUGAGUUUGUGAAGUUGUAAAGCACUCAAG